AUGCGAUCGUUGAACAGUUCAGUUGAGACCUCUACGACCAAGACGGGAGCGACGUUGGCUGCAUCCUUCAUGGUGGGAGUGUCGGGGUACGAGAUUGACCUGGCACGACUCGGAACUGUGGCCGCUGACAUGAAUUAUACCUGGGCUGCUCUCGCACGCCCCGAGGUCGCUAGGUUAGUGAUUGACGGCUUGAAGAUCAUGGCUACCCAAGCUCCCGGCCUGACGGUGAAGUUGCCGCGUUGCUCGAAGCCGAAGCUGCUGAAAGAAGAGGAAGGAGUGAAACCGGGAGGGCAAAGCUGGGCUAAUCUGUAUACGGAAUUGGCUGCCGCAGUUUAUAUGGACUCCAUCCUGCAAUCUGAAUUUGCUGGCGUUAUUCGGGAUUUCGUGAUUGCCCUUGAAAACCUCGACAUCAAUACCGGCGACACACAGGCAGACGCCGAGGAGCAGCACCAGACCAGGAUCGACUGGCAGCGUCGAUGUAACGCUCUUCGGGCAGGAGAAACCCCGUCGCUGGCUCUCAGUGACGUCUACAUCGAGAACCCGUACAGACGGGGCGUGGACAGCUUGGAGGCCUUAGCAGCGGCUUAUAAUUAUCAGUACACGAUUAAAGUCCACCCCACAGGUCAACUAUGGACAUUACCAACCUUCCGGGUAGCUGUCAGGGCCGGGUGUCCUGCCAGCAAGGCUUAA